AUGCAGCCCUUCAAGCUAAACCUCCCCAACGGCGCCCAAUUAACCGGCAUCCACAAUAUCCCACCAUGCUCUUCAUCCCUUCUCAAAUAUCGCCCCCUAAUUGUCGGCCUUCACGGCAGUACUUAUGACUGCCAGUACUUUGACGCCAAUGCCUCACAUUCAGCAUCGAUAACGAGUUCUGCACUGGGAAUACCAUUCGUCGCAAUCGACCGUCCUGGUUUCGGUGGGACAACUUCCCUUCCGCCAACCCCCGCGAUUUCUAGCUUCUUCCAGGAAACCGGCUCCUGGUUACACCAUUACACUCUACCGGCAUUAUGGACUGAGUUUGGUGUCCCAAAUGAGUGCAACUGCAUUGCCCUUCUCUGUCACAGCCUGGGGGCAAUGGGUGGCAUUGUCGCUGCCGCUUUACACAGCCAAGAUACGAAACAGAACAGAACCUCGUUAUAUCCAUUAGGAGGCAUCAUCGUCUCCGGAAUCGGGGAACAGCUACUCCCCGAGAUGAAGGAAAAUCCCGUGCCUUAUGAUCUCCACCACCUACCCACACAUGUCACCUUUCCGUUGGAGAUGAAGGAUAGUCUGAUGUUUCGUCCGGGAACCGCCGACCCAGGGAUUCUAACGAAAAGUGAACAACUGAACAGUCCUACACCGUUUGGAGAAAUUGACAGCUUGCGCACUGGGUGGGUUGGUAGAUGGCAGAAAGAAUGGGCUUGUUUUGUGGUGGCGCCGGUGAUGUUUGGGAUAGCGGAGCAUGAUUGUUUUUUUGAGUCUGGUCAGGCGCAUUUGAGGGAAUGUAUUGGGGCUUUCGAGAAUAGUGGGCGCGUGGAUGGGAGUGUUAUCAAGGGAGCACCGCAUUGUAUGGAGUUGAGUUAUUGGUCGCAGGGGUGGUAUGCGCGGUGUUUUGGGUUUGCUGUGGAGUGCGCUGUUAGUCUUGAAGCGGACAAAGGAUCAUGA